GCCGUGCUUUCAGGGUAUGUUCUGCAGUCUCUCCUAGUGCAACCUUGACCACCGUACAGUUUGGCCCGCCAUGUUCUUCUCCCUGGCGUUUCAGGCCAGAGCAGCCAGCCUCACUGCCCAGUGGGGAAGACAAAUAAGGAAUUUGCAUAAGUCAUCUGUGCAAAAUGGUGCUGGAGGAGCCUUAUUUGUGCACAGAGAUACGCCUGAGAAUAACCCAGAUAUCCCAUUUGAUUUCACACCAGAAAACUAUAAGAGAAUAGAAGCAAUUGUGAAAAACUAUCCAGAAGGACACAAAGCAGCAGCUGUGCUUCCAGUCCUGGAUUUAGCCCAAAGGCAGAAUGGGUGGUUGCCCAUCUCUGCUAUGAACAAGGUUGCAGAAGUUUUACAAGUACCUCCAAUGAGAGUAUAUGAAGUUGCAACUUUUUAUACAAUGUAUAAUCGAAAGCCAGUUGGAAAAUACCACAUUCAGGUCUGCACUACCACACCUUGCAUGCUUCGUAACUCUGACAGCAUACUGGAUGCCAUUCAGAAAAAGCUUGAACUGAAGGUUGGGGAGACAACACCUGACAAACUUUUCACUCUUACAGAGGUGGAAUGUUUAGGGGCUUGUGUAAAUGCACCAAUGGUUCAAAUAAAUGACAACUAUUAUGAGGAUCUGACACCUAAAGAUAUUGAAGACAUUAUAGAUGACCUCAAAGCUGGCCAAGUUCCAAAACCUGGGCCAAGGAGUGGACGUUUCUGUUGUGAGCCAGCUGGAGGCCUUACCUCUUUGACUGAACCACCUAAAGGUCCUGGAUUUGGUGUUCAAGCAGGCCUCUAAUUUAUGUUAAACUAUAAAUAUGUCACUGGAGAAAUAAAGCUCCUACUUUAUAUAUUGUUUGUUUAUUCCAGUGUGUACAUCUUGCUGAUAAUCUAGCAACUUGCAGCUUUAAAUUUUAUGUCAAAAUGACAGAACAAUUUUAAAAGUAAACUGAAAAAUUUGAUAAGCAAGUUACUCCAAUGUCGUCUACUUUCAACUGCCAACUUUUAUCAAUAUUAGUUUCUCUGAGGUAAAAUAUGCCAUUUGAAAUAUACUUUGCUUUUCCCAAUUCAGCCACAGUCAA